AUGGACCCCUCCGCUAGGUCCGACAGUCCCCAGCCAUGGAAGGUCGCCGCUGUGGUCUCGUUCUACAUGAGUGCCGCCCUUGUCAUGGUUUUUGUCAACAAGACCGUCCUCAACAAUGCCCCCGAGCUGCCUCUCAUGUUCCUCUUCCUCCAGCUCGUAAUCGCGGUUAUCCUCCUCCGCCUCACAGCCCGCUUCACGCAUCGCGUCGAGAUCCCCGACUUUGACUGGUCGACCGCCAAGCAACUCACCCCUGUCACCCUCGUCAAUGUCAUAGGUCUCGUCUUCAACAUUUACUGCCUUCGCGGCGUAGAUGCUUCCUUCUUUCAGAUUGCCCGCGGGCUUGUACUCCCGUUUACCAUAGCCGUUUCAUCCCUCGAAACCCGCUCCUUGCCAUCGUGGAGUGUAGUGGCUGCAGCAACCACAGUCAGCAUCGGCUUCUUCCUUGGCAUCGCACCCCCAUCAUUCGAGAGUCUCUCACUUCACGCGCUCCCCUCACUCGCUAUGCGCCCGGACACACACUGGCUGUCAAUCUUAUACGGCGUCCUCUCUUCCCUUUUCAUUGCGGUGCACUCCGUUCUCAUCAAGCUCUCACUCCCGCAUGCGAAUAACAGCACAAUACAACUCGCGUACUGGCAGAACCUUGGCUCGGCCAUAUUUCUCUUCCCGGUGAUCCUCCUUCAGGGCGAAGUCUACGGGCUUUGGUGGUUCCUGCACGUCGCCGGCUGGGAUAAGCAGACGUUCCUGGUCGGGACCGCUGUGACCGGCUUAUUCGGUUUCCUUCUCUGCGUCGCAGGACUGCUGAGCAUCAAGGUGACGAGCCCGAUCACGCACAUGUUCUCCAGCGCUGCACGUUCUGUCAUUCAGACUUUGCUUGGCGUAUUGGUUUUCCAAGAUAUCCUUACUACGAACCGCGCGGCUUCGAUUUUGGUCAUCACCUCAGGUACCGUGUACUAUACCUGGGCGAAGUCGGUCGGGACCGCACCUAGCAAGCCUCGUCCGAGCAUGCCACAGGACCCAGAAAACCCUGAUAAGGAGAAUUCCAGCUUCAUGAAGGAAUAUGGUGAUGACCGCCUCGAGGACAUUCUCCUUGAGCGUCGAGAAGAGGAUGAGAAGUAA